AACUUGUUUACUAGCAUGAAAAUUGAAGCUAAGUUACUCUAUAUACGGCAAUGACGUCAUCCGUACGCGCAGGAAGUUUAUAAAAGAGAGGGAAUUGUGGGACUCCGCCAUUGCUGCACAAAAAUGGCGUUCACAGGAGACUCUAACGCGCCUCUGCGCGAAGUUAAACGGGUACAGUUUGGUAUACUGAGCCCAGACGAAAUUCGGAGAAUGUCAGUAACAGAAGGAGGAAUCAAGUACCCAGAAACGACAGAAGGUGGUCGCCCAAAGCUAGGAGGGCUUAUGGAUCCUCGCCAGGGUGUCACCGAUCGAAUAUCUCGAUGUCAGACAUGUGCUGGAAACAUGACAGAGUGUCCAGGUCACUUUGGCCAUAUUGAGCUUGCCAAACCCGUCUUUCAUGUGGCCUUUUUGACCAAAAUUGUCAAACUUUUGCGUUGUGUCUGCUUCUUCUGCUCCAAAUUACUUGCAGACCCAGAGUCACCCAAAAUGAAAGACAUCUUGUCUAAAUCCAGAGGCUACCCUAAGAAAAGACUAGCUCAUGUAUAUGAUCUGUGCAAAUCCCGAAGAGCUUGCGAUGGGGGAGAUGAAAUGGAGAAGAAGAACAAAGAUGCAACAGAAGAGCAGGAGGACUCUGUUCCUAAGGGCCACGGAGGCUGUGGUCGUUACCAGCCUACCAUACGACGCAAUGGACUUGAGCUAGUUGCUGAGUGGAAGCCUGACAAAGUGAAUGAAGAGUCACAAGAGAGGAAAAUUAUCCUUUCUGCAGAGCGUGUUUUGGAAAUUUUCAAACGCAUAUCUGAUGAAGAGUGCACGUGCCUGGGCAUGGAUUCAAAAUUUGCUCGUCCUGACUGGAUGAUUUUGACUGUUUUACCAGUUCCUCCACUGCCUGUGAGGCCUGCUGUGGUCAUGUUUGGAUCAGCAAGAAAUCAGGAUGAUCUAACACACAAACUGGCAGACAUUGUGAAAGCCAACAACCAGCUGCAUCGCAAUGAACAAAAUGGGGCAGCAGCUCACAUUAUAUUUGAAGACACCAAAAUGCUGCAGUAUCACUGUGCUACACUGGUGGACAAUGAAAUACCUGGUCUGCCAAAAGCUGUGCAGAAAUCAGGUCGUCCUUUAAAGUCAAUAAAACAACGACUGAAGGGCAAAGAAGGUCGGGUGCGUGGUAAUUUGAUGGGCAAGCGUGUGGACUUUUCAGGCCGAACAGUCAUUACUCCUGAUCCAAACCUUCGUGUUGAUCAGGUUGGAGUGCCCCGCUCAAUUGCCCAGAACCUAACAUUUCCUGAAUUAGUGACACCUUUCAACAUUGACAGAAUGCAGGAGGCUGUUAGAAGAGGAGCUAACCAGUACCCAGGUGCCAAAUAUAUUAUCCGUGACAAUGGAGAGAGAAUUGACCUCCGCUUUCAUCCAAAAUCUAGUGACCUUCAUCUCCAAAUUGGCUACAAGGUUGAGCGCCACAUGCAAGACAAUGAUGUUGUCAUCUUCAAUCGCCAGCCCACGCUACACAAAAUGUCUAUGAUGUGUCAUCGUGUGAAAGUUCUGCCCUGGUCAACAUUCAGAUUGAACCUUAGUGUAACUACACCCUACAAUGCAGACUUUGAUGGGGAUGAGAUGAAUCUUCACCUACCUCAGUCAUUAGAGACACGGGCCGAGAUCAUGAACUUGGCUGCUGUUCCCAGGAUGAUUGUCACUCCUCAGGCUAACCGACCCGUCAUGGGUAUUGUGCAGGACACGCUUACUGCUGUGCGCAAGAUGACUAAACGAGAUGUGUUUCUAGACAGGGCACAGGUCAUGCACCUCCUUAUGUUUCUGCCUACCUGGGAUGGUCGCAUGCCGCAGCCAGCAAUUUUGAAACCUCAGCCGUUGUGGACAGGUAAACAGAUCUUCUCUUUGGUCAUUCCUGGGCGUGUCAAUGUCAUCCGUACCCAUGCUACACACCCAGAUGAUGAAGAUUCUGGUCCUUACAAAUGGAUAUCACCUGGAGACACUAAGGUGCUAAUUGAAGAUGGACAGCUCAUCAGCGGUAUUUUGUGUAAGAAGACACUUGGUGCUUCCUCAGGCUCUUUGCUGCACAUUGUCUUCAUGGAAAUGGGACAUGAGAUUGCUGGAGAACUGUAUGGCAACAUCCAGACUGUUGUCAACAACUGGCUUCUCGUUGAGGGUCACAGCAUUGGUAUUGGUGACACUAUUGCCGACCAGCAGACAUACCAUGACAUUCAAGAGACAAUCCGAAAAGCUAAGGGAGAUGUGAUUGAAGUGAUUGAGAAGGCUCACAAUGAUGAGCUGGAACCUACACCAGGUAACACUCUGCGUCAGACCUUUGAGAAUCAGGUGAACAAGAUCCUGAACGAUGCCCGUGACAAAACUGGAAGUACAGCCCAGAAAUCACUUUCAGAGUUCAAUAACUUCAAGGCUAUGGUCGUUGCUGGAUCUAAGGGGUCAAAGAUCAACAUUUCUCAGGUCAUUGCUUGUGUGGGACAGCAGAACGUUGAAGGAAAACGAAUCCCAUUUGGCUUCAGGUACCGGACACUGCCUCAUUUUAUAAAGGAUGAUUAUGGGCCUGAGUCCAGAGGGUUUGUAGAAAACUCAUACCUUGCCGGUCUCACACCAUCUGAGUUCUACUUCCAUGCCAUGGGAGGACGUGAAGGUCUCAUUGAUACUGCUGUCAAGACAGCAGAGACAGGUUACAUUCAGCGUCGUCUGAUUAAGGCUAUGGAGAGUGUCAUGGUGAAAUAUGAUGGAACAGUCCGGAAUCAGGUAGAGCAGCUCAUUCAGCUGCGCUAUGGUGAAGAUGGUUUAGAUGCCUGCCAUGUAGAAUUCCAGAGCUUGCCAAUGUUCAAACCUUCAAACAAGGUCUUUGAGCGCCAGUUCAGAUUUGAUGCAACGAAUGAAAGAGCCAUGAAACGGUGCCUUAAAGAAGAAGUCAUCAAGGAUCUGAUGGGAAAUGCAACAACCCUGGCUGAAUUGGAACGGGAGUGGGACCAGUUAAAAGAUGAUCGCAUCAGCGUGCGGCAGGUGUUCUCUAAUGGUGAUGCAAAAAUUGUUCUGCCAUGCAACCUUCAGCGCAUGAUCUGGAAUGCUCAGAAGAUCUUCCGUAUCGACAAGCGCAAGCCCUCAGACCUUCACCCAGUUAAAGUAGUAGAAGGGGUCCGAGAACUGUGCAAGAGGCUUAUGGUUGUGGGAGGUGAAGACAGAAUUAGUAAACAAGCCAAUGAGAAUGCCACACUUCUGAUGAAGUCUCUCAUCCGCUCCACACUCUGCUCAAAGCGAGUGGCAGAAGAACACCGCUUGUCAGCUGAGGCAUUUGAGUGGCUGAUUGGAGAGGUUGAAACACGUUUCCAGCAGGCACAGGCCCACCCAGGUGAGAUGGUGGGAGCUUUGGCAGCACAGUCACUUGGUGAGCCUGCAACACAGAUGACACUGAACACUUUCCACUACGCUGGUGUGUCAGCCAAGAAUGUCACACUAGGUGUGCCUCGUCUGAAAGAGAUCAUCAACAUCUCCAAGAAGCCCAAGACCCCAUCACUGGCUGUCUAUCUCCUUGGUCAGGCUGCCAGAGAUGCUGAAAAGGCCAAGGAUGUGCUUUGUCGCCUGGAGCACACAACACUUCGCAAGGUUACUGCGAAUACAGCCAUCUACUAUGAUCCAGAUCCCAUGAAUACAGUCAUUGCUGAGGACCAAGAAUGGGUGUCCAUUUACUAUGAGAUGCCAGAUUUUGAUGCCUCACGCAUAUCACCAUGGCUUUUACGCAUUGAACUCGAUCGUAAGCGCAUGACAGACAAGAAGCUUACCAUGGAGCAGAUUUCAGAGAAAAUCACUGCAGGAUUUGGUGAUGACUUAAAUUGUAUCUUCAAUGAUGACAAUGCUGAAAAACUGGUUCUUCGCAUCCGUAUCAUGAAUUCUGAAGAGAACAAGCUUCAAGAGGAAGAAGAGGUUGUUGAUAAGAUGGAGGAUGAUGUUUUUCUCCGAUGCAUUGAAGCCAACUUGUUGUCAGAUAUGACACUGCAGGGCAUAGAAGCCAUUUCAAAGGUGUACAUGCAUCUUCCCUCAACGGAUGAUAAGAAGCGCAUUAGCAUCACAGAGGAAGGGGAGUUCAAGGCUGUUGCUGAGUGGAUUUUGGAGACUGACGGCUCAAGUCUGAUGAAGGUGUUAAGCGAGCGGGAUAUUGACCCUGUGAGAACAUACACCAAUGACAUUGUGGAGGUUUUCGCUACCCUUGGCAUUGAGGCUGUACGGAAAGCCAUAGAACGUGAGAUGGGUUUCGUCAUCUCUUUCGACGGUUCCUAUGUCAAUUACCGCCAUCUGGCCUUGCUUUGUGAUGUCAUGACAGCUAAAGGUCAUCUUAUGGCCAUUACUCGCCAUGGCAUAAAUCGUCAGGAGACCGGCGCCUUGGCUCGUUGCUCCUUUGAGGAAACGGUGGAUAUUUUAAUGGAGGCAGCAGCACAUGCAGAAGUCGAUCCCAUGAAAGGGGUAUCUGAAAACAUCAUGCUGGGACAGUUGGCAAAGAUCGGAACAGGCUGCUUUGACCUGCUCUUGGAUGCAGAAAAAUGCAAGUUUGGCAUGGAGAUCCCAACCAAUGUUGGUGGGGGCAUGAUGGCAGGCGCAGGUACAGGCAUGUUCUUUGGAGCUGGUAGCCCUUCCAGUGCACUUUCACCUCAGAUGACACCUUGGAAUGCAACACCUGCCUAUGCCAGUGCCUGGUCGCCUGGCGUUGGCAGUGGCAUGACACCUGGGGCUGCUGGAUUCUCACCAUCUGCAGCCAGUGAAAGUGGCUACUCACCUGGAUAUUCACCAGCCUGGUCUCCUCAACCGGGCUCACCAAGUUCUCCAAUUUCUCCCUACAUCCCAUCCCAUGGGGCCAUGUCACCCAGCUACUCGCCAGCCUCUCCAUCAUACAUUCCCAGCUCACCUGCCAUGACCCCCCAGAGUCCUGGCUAUUCUCCUACAUCCCCAUCCUACUCGCCCUCAAGCCCUGGCUACUCCCCUACAUCGCCCAAAUAUUCCCCUACCUCACCCAGUUACUCCCCUACCAGCCCAAGCUAUUCACCCACAAGCCCCAGCUACUCUCCAACAAGUCCUAGCUACAGCCCCACCAGCCCAAGCUACAGCCCCACCAGUCCUAGCUACAGCCCUACCAGCCCUAGUUAUAGCCCCACCUCCCCAUCUUAUUCUCCCACCAGCCCUAGCUACAGCCCCACAUCUCCAUCUUAUUCCCCAACCAGUCCCUCUUAUUCUCCCACUAGCCCUAGCUAUAGUCCAACCAGCCCAUCAUACUCUCCAACCAGUCCAAGCUACUCCCCAACAAGCCCCAGCUACAGCCCAACAAGUCCAAGUUAUUCCCCAACCAGUCCUAGCUACUCCCCUAGUUCACCCAACUAUUCUCCAUCCUCCCCAUCCUAUUCACCUACUAGCCCUAGCUACAGUCCUACUAGCCCCAGCUACAGCCCAGCCUCACCUUCCUACAGCCCCAGUUCACCUAGCUACUCGCCUGCAAGCCCAAGUUAUUCACCUAGCAGCCCUAGCUACUCACCAAGCAGCCCAAAGUAUUCCCCAAGCAGCCCCAACUACAGUCCCACAAGUCCAUCCUACUCGCCAAGCUCUCCUCAGUACAGUCCUUCAUCACCAAAAUAUUCACCCACCAGUCCAAGCUAUUCACCAAGCAGUCCCAAAUAUUCACCUACAUCACCAACCUACAGUCCAACAUCACCCCGCUAUAGUCCUGCCUCUCCCGAGUACAGUCCAAGUUCACCACAGUACAGCCCCAGUUCGCCGCAGUAUUCCCCAGCUUCACCUGCAUAUUCACCAGGGUCCAAGUACUCUCCUGCUAGUCCCACCUAUUCUCCCAGUAGCCCCAAGUACAGCCCAACCAGUCCAACAUAUACCCCAACAAGUCCUCACUACUCCCCUUCAAGCCCAACAUACACUCCCACCACCCCAAAAUAUAGCCCCACCACACCAACAUAUGCUGAAGAAAAGAAAAAGAAGAAAAAGUAAAGAAUGGACAGCUUCAGGACAGCUUCAACCAACCGAGUGUACACCAAAUGAUGCAGCUAAUCAUUCAGUUAUUUUCGCUCCAGAUUUUACUGUGGUUGCUGUUGUUUGUGUAAAAGAUUCUCACCAAAUUUGUGUGGAUAUAAUUCAAGAGUGGAGGUGGAUAAGGACAAGCCAAUCUUUGUCAUCUUGCCUGACAAUUGUUUUAUCAUGUUGGCAUCAGUAUUCUAAACAGCAGAUCAUUCACUAGCCAGAUAUACUGGUCUUUGUGCAUGAUGAACGGCAGCACUUACAGUCUUACAGAAGAAUAUGUGUAGGAAACGUUCAUCACAAAGAAAGAACAUUGCAGCAUUUUUUUUUUUUUUUAUUUUUGCUGUUGUUUUAAAGGAAAGUGGAAUCAAAGGUUAUAAACUACCAGAAGACUUUGCUAAUACACCUGGCUUUUGGAUGCAGAAGAUUCUCCUUUUGUCAAGUAACCAGUGCAAAACAGAAACUAGACUUUGCAGCAAGUUUUCGUUCUCUGUUUGUACCUUGAUUCAUGGUAUCCCUUGCAUAUGUGGUGGUAGACGUAAGAUUGUUACUGGUCGUUUUCUUUUGACAAAAAUGUCACAAAGAAUGUGUCUUGAAAAUUUAUCACCGUACUUAUGGGUUUUCUAAUCCCAGGUGUUGGUCUAAUUUCCUUUUCAUUUUGAGAAACAUGACCUGUAACAUGAUGGUGUUUAUAAUCUGUUGUGGCGUAACAGACUAUAUACGAUCACUAAACAUGAGGCACAAGAACACUUUAACACUGGCAUAUCAGCCAUGUGCUUAAAACGUUGUUUUCUUUGCCACAGCCUUAUCUCAGUUAGCCAACUACAACUUUCUAGUGUAAAUAUAAAAAAUUAUAUAAGUCCAUUUUUAAAUAGCAACACAACUGUGGCUACUGCUGGGUGGCUUAAAAUGCCUUAAGAUUUAUGUUCUUUUUUGGCUGUUCAACAGGGCAAAUUUCAACUAACAUGUUGCUACUGUUAAUCACAAGCAUGAAGCAUGACUAAAUACUUUUUUUAAAUUGAUGCCAAGGUAAUUCAGUGCAGGACAAGAAAUGCCUGUUAACUACCAUACUAUAGAUGCAUGGUAGAAUCUCAUAUUUUUCCAUGAUUAUUUUUUUUCUUGUUUUUGUUUUGUUUUUUUUUAAACCAGUCUAAGGUGACAAUUCAAAACACAAUUCAAAAUGUCGUGUAUUCAUAUUAUCCUAUGCGACUGCAUCUGGCAUUGAAAAUGCAUAAUGUGGAACUAUUUAAAAUCAAGUCACAUGUUUCAUAACAAUCUUGCAAAUUGUGUGAAACUAAGGGUAAAAUGUUGAAAAAAAAUUUAAACAUGUUCAAAAAUUUUAUGUGGUGGUUUUCAAAUUUGUCUUUUUUGCAUGACAGCAGUUUAUAUACAGAAUAUUUCCUUAAUUUGAUAUCAAGGAUCUUCAUGAAACUUCUCAGUAAAAAAAAAAAUGCUGCUCACCCUUGUGAAUGCAGAAAAAAAAUUCUGAGAAAAAUGGUAACACUUGGCGCGAAAUAAUAUAAUUCUGCUGUAUAUAGUAAUAAAAAUUGAAGUUGAUUGAUUA